AUGCCCCCAAUGCUGCUCCCCGCCCUGCCGCUUCUCCUGGGCGCCACGCUGACCUUCCGGGCAGUCCGGCACGCGCUCUGUCGCCUGCCCCUGCCCGCUCACGUGCGGGCCGACCCCCUGCGGACCUGGCGCUGGCACAACCUGCUCGUCUCCUUCGCGCAUUCCAUUGUGUCAGGGAUCUGGGCGCUGCUGUGCAUAUGGCAGACCCCUGAGAUGCUGGUGGAGAUUGAGAAAGCAUGGUCGCUUUCUGGCUACCUGCUUGUUUGCUUCUCCGCAGGGUAUUUCAUCCACGACACGGUGGAUAUCGUGAUUAGCCAUCAGUCAAGAGCUUCAUGGGAAUAUCUCGUCCACCACGUCAUGGCUAUGGGUGCCUUCUUUUCAGGCAUCUUUUGGAGCAGAUUUGUUGGUGGGGGUGUCCUAACACUGCUGGUGGAAGUCAGCAACAUCUUCCUCACAAUACGCAUGAUGAUGAAGAUCAAUAAUGCCCAGCAUCUCCUCCUCUAUCGGGUCAACAAAUACAUCAACUUGGUCAUGUACUUCCUCUUCCGCCUGGCCCCUCAGGCCUACCUCACCCAUCUCUUCCUGGGUUACGCAGGCCAGAGGACCCUGGGAACCUUUCUGCUGGCCAUCCUGCUCAUGCUGGAUGUCAUGAUCCUUGUCUACUUUUCCCGCCUCCUCCGCUCAGACUUCUGUCCCCAGCGCGUCCCCAGCCACCAACACAAAGACAAGUUCUUGACUGAGUGA